GGGACACUCCACUCCCUGACGAAAAGGCGAGCAUGUGGGAAACAUGGGAAUCAUCACUCAAAGAGCUGAGCAGCCUCCAUGUGCCCCGCUGCUAUGUUUCAAUGUCACUCUCGGAGCCAAGGUACACCGAACUGUGUGUUUUCUGUGAUGCAUCUAACUGGGCAAUAGGGGUGGUUGCAUACUUAAGAGCAGUCAGUAAGGAGGGCCUUUGCAAAGUGGGAUUUGUGAUGGGGAAGGCUAGACUGUCACCGCAGCCGGAGGCUACGACCCCACGACUCGAGCUCUGUGGUGCCGUCCUGGCUGUUGAGCUGGCAGAGUUGAUCUUGAGUGAACUGGACUACAAACCAGACGCUGUGAAAUUCUACUCCGACAGCAAGGUGGUCCUCGGAUACAUCUAUAACGACUCAAGGCGCUUCUUUGUGUACGUGCACAAUCGUGUGCAUCGUAUUCGCCAAACAACCUCUCCUGAGCAGUGGCAUUAUGUGCCAUCGGAACAUAACACCGCUGACUUAGCCACCAGGUCAGUACCUGCAUCACAGCUGAUGGACACAAUGUGGUUCGUAGGACCCGACUUUCUUCACAAGACUCCUAAGCUGGAUACGCACAUUCAGUUCGAUCUGAUAGAGCCUGGGAAAGAUGUGGAGGUCAGACCGCAAGUGACAGCUUUACUUACGCACAUCGAAACCAAGCCACUUACCUCCUCAAGAUUCCAGCGUUUUUCAAAAUGGAGCUCCUUGCUGAGAGCCGUGUCCUUUCUGAUACAUCAGAUGCGUUCUCACAAGUCAAUCUCCACCUCAGACUCAACAGACACACCGCAGCAUGCAUGCAAAGGCUGGCAUCAGUGCAGCGGACCUCGCACUCCUGAGGAGCUUGCAGCAGCCAAGAGACUCAUACUAGAGACUGUCCAGAGAGAUGCAUAUCCAGAUGAAUACGCUGCUCUUAAAGCACACAGAGAAGUCUCUAACUCAAGUCAGAUCUUGACCCUGGACCCCUACAUGUGUGAGGGCCUGCUGCGGGUCGGAGGGCGCCUCAGGCAUGAUUCUCUCGACUCAGAGAUAAAACACCCAAUCAUCCUCCCGAAGCAAAACCAUGUCACCAGGCUGCUUGUGGAACACCAUCAUGCAGAGGUAAAGCACCAGGGGCGACAAUUCACAGAGGGAGCCAUCAGGGCAGCUGGACUAUGGAUUGUCGCUGGCAAGAGGCUGGUCAGCUCUAUUCUCUAUCACUGUGUGACAUGCCGUAAGCUGAGAGGGAAGAUGGAAGUGCAAAAAAUGGCUGACCUCCCUCCGGAGCGACUCGACACCUCUCCACCCUUCAGCUAUGUGGGGCUGGAUGUAUUUGGACCGUGGACAGUGGUGACCCGACGCACUCGUGGAGGUGCGGCAGAAAGCAAAAGAUGGGCCAUUCUGUUCACAUGCAUGUGCACCAGAGGAGUACACAUUGAAAUUAUUGAAUCGAUGGAUACUGCCAGUUGCAUAAAUGCGCUACGGAGAUUCUUUGCCGUCAGGGGCCCAGCAAAGCAGCUCAGGUCAGACAGAGGGACGAAUUUCGUGGCUGCUAGUGCAGAACUAGGGAUGAGGCCCUCACAUGAAAAACAGAACAAGAUCUUGAAUUAUCUCCACAGCAAAGACUGCACGUGGGAGUUCAACCCACCACACGCUUCACACAUGGGAGGUGUGUGGGAACGCAUGAUUGAGGUGGCACGAAGAAUAUUAGAUUCCAUGCUUCUGCAGAACAAACAUACUCGCCUGACUCAUGAGGUCCUGUGCACGCUGAUGGCGGAAGUGUCGGCAAUAAUCAACGCCAGGCCGUUGGUCCCUAUUUCAUCAGACCCCUCUGCUUAAGUCUUGCUGUCUCCUUCCAUGCUACUGACACAAAAGCCAGUGAGAGGCCAGUGGAGGCAAGUGCAGGCGCUGGCGAACGAAUUCUGGAACCGUUGGAGAAGUGAGUACCUGAGCACUCUCCAUCCAAGACGUAAAUGGCACAGGACACGCCGCGACCUUCAACCUGGGGACAUUGUGCUGCUAAAGCAAACUCAAGUGCCAAGGAAUGAGUGGCCGAUGGCUAUGGUCAUAUCCACCUCCGAGAGCAGCGAUGGAAGGGUCCGAAAGGUUGAGGUGAAAACUUCAUCACAAGGCAC